CUCCUGUACAGAAUCCGUCGCUGCCCCCCACUCACCGUUCGCCCCGAUGCGCCCUGCAGUGCCGGUCGGGGGCAGAGAGCGCUGCCUAGGAGGACGCGGCGGCCGUUUUCAAGAGGAAGGGGCUUCUCGGGACAAUGGCUUCCUGAUUUUUAUUAGAGCAAUGCAGUGCACGAAAUAGAUGGAAAGAAAGGAAGAAGGAAGGAGGAUCCUACUGCACAUCAUAUUUUUAAUUUAAAAGGGUCACAUUCUUCAGCCUUAGUUCUGCCAGCUUUCUCCCCUGAAGUGCUGCAUGGCCCUGUGCAGCUGGAGGCUGCUAGUUCCAACAAGCUUUUGAACAUUACGACCGAGGGACUCUCAGGUAAAGAAGCUGGAAGAGAAGGAAGGAGCUUGUUUGCAUUAAAAUUUGGAUUUUUAAGUCUCUCUAUAUGAUGCUGUUAUUUUUGGAGCUGAAACAGUAGCGUGAGAAAUGUACCAGCAUGUCCAUCAUACUUGCAGUACUCACAGAAGUCCGUUAGACUCUGCACAUACAUCAAGGGAGCAAAGCCCAUCUCUCCUGUCUCUACAAAGAGAAGAUGUCCAGGCCCUGGGUUGUGUGCCCACGCGCUGGGAUGACGCCAGUAUUCCUGCUCAGGACGGAUGCACUAGGUGUGCACAUCCACCAACUCCACAGUCACGAGUCAAAGAAAUCUUUCUCUGAAUGAAAGCGCACUUCCUUGGACGGUUCAAGUUCAUGAAGGAUGUCCAAGCCCUGGGUUGUGUGCCCACGCGCUGGGAUGACGCCAGUAUUCCUGCUCAGGACGGAUGCACUAGGUGUGCACAUCCACCAACUCCACAGUCACAAGUCAAAGAAAUCUUUCUCUGAAUGAAAGCGCACUUCCUUGGACGGUUCAAGUUCAUGAAGGUAUGGCUGUGAGUCACACUGAGCAGCACGAGAGAAACAUAUCUGCAGAUUAAUAAUCUGUUCUUUAAUGGACACGGAUAACCAGACAUGGGUGAGAGAGUUUAUUCUGCUCGGCCUGUCCCGUGACUGGGACACUCAGGUCUGUCUUUUUGUCCUGUUCUUGAUCACAUACAUGGCGACAGUGCUGGGGAACUUCCUCAUUGUCCUUCUGAUCAGACUGGACAGCCGACUCCACACUCCCAUGUAUUUCUUCCUCAGCAACCUCGCACUUGUUGAUGUGUCUUAUGCCACAAGCAUCGUCCCUCAGAUGCUGGUGCAUCUUCUUGAAGAACAUAAAGCUAUCCCCUUUGUGAGCUGUGCAGCCCAGUUAUUCUUCUCCCUGGCUUUGGGUGGGAUUGAGUUUGUUCUACUGGCAGUGAUGGCCUAUGACCGCUAUGUGGCUGUGUGUGACCCCCUGAGGUACUCAGUCAUCAUGCAUGGAGGGCUCUGUGCCAGGUUGGCCACCACGUCCUGGGUCAGUAGGUCUGUCAACUCUGUCAUGCAGACCGCCAUCACCUUUCAGCUUCCCAUGUGCACAUACAAACAUAUUGAUCACGUAUCCUGUGAAAUCCUAGCUGUGCUCAGGCUGGCCUGUGUGGACACCUCCUCCAAUGAGGUUGCAAUCAUGGUUUCUAGCAUCAUCCUGCUGAUGACACCCUUCUGCCUGGUUCUCUUGUCCUACAUCCAGAUCAUCUCCACCAUCCUAAAGAUCCAGUCCACAGAGGGGAGGAGGAAAGCCUUCCACACCUGUGCCUCCCACCUCACAGUGGUUGCCCUGUGCUAUGGCAUGGCCAUUUUCACUUACACCCAGCCCCGCUCCAGCCCUGCUGUCCUUCAGGAGAAGUUGAUCUCUGUCUUCUAUGCUAUUUUGAUGCCUGUGCUGAACCCCAUGAUUUAUACUCUAAGGAACAAAGAGGUGAAGGGGGCCUGGCAGAAACUAUUAGGAAAAUUAUCUGGAUUAAAAUCUAAAAUGUCAACGUGA